AGUAGGUUGUUGUCGGCCUGAUUGGAUUUUCUUGUCACUCCUCGAGAUGAAGUAGUGCGCAAUGGCAAGUCGACUUAUGCGAUGACGAAAUUUAAUAAAGCUCUUCACAAAAGGUGGACUGCUAAUAUAAAUACUUGACUUAUUAGUGCCACAUCGGAGUACUAAAACAACAACUGAUUAAGUGUACUAAAAUAUUUGUGAAUAAAUAUUACAUUUUCGCGCCUUUUUUCCGACGAUCGGAAACAUUAAAAGACAUUUAUUAAACAUAUAAUGGGUAAAUUUCAUAAAGAGAGACUUUUUGUGUCUAAAAUAUCAAUAUAUCUGUUGCUGAUGGUUGUUAUAACAGAGCUGUGUCACACAUUGGCUGAAAAACACACAGAUAAACAAGACACAAAAACACACAGAAGGCGUAGACGACAGGCGGGUGAUUUCAUAUUGAUGAAUUACAAAGCACAGAAAGCCCUAAAAGGGACAACGCAACCUUCAGAAUUUUUCAGACGCAUCGGGAAGAAGUGGGCAGGACCGGUCAAUCUUAACAACCGUGACAUCUUAAUUCGACCUGAUGAUUACGGUGGCGGCAUGCUUAUUGAUGACGAGUAUGUUGAGAACUGGUAACAGUCAUGAACAACAAAUGACAUUAGACAAUAGUUGGUAGUGUUGAAUCAUAAAAAUGGUGUUUCAGAUGAAAAACAUUAUAACUAUUUCUUUUCUCUCAGUUAAUAUUUUAAUAUAAAAUUCUUCUUUUGUUUAAGAAUUUCAUGGAAUAGAAAGAAAAAAUGUCAACAAAUAAAAAGUUUAUUUUAUGAUAAUUGAGUAAUAUAUAAUAAAGUUUAAUAAAACAGA